CACGCGUUGCGUUGGGUGUCACUCGUUUUCCUUCACCAUGGCGCUCUUCCUGGGCCUCACGGCCAUAGGGUGGCACCAGAUGAUCCACACCUGGUGGGAUCUGGUGCUGGCCUCUCUUCUGCUGGCCGUGAUUGCUGCUGGGGGCAUCUACAUUCUUUACGUCCUUUCCAAAAGGAUACACGCUCGCUUAAAGAAAAAACCGCCUCCACUUCCAUCCGCUGUUGCGCGUUGUGUCUCUCGUUUUGCCAAUUCUGCUUCCUUACGAACAUAUACUGAUGCCUCCUUCUCGUCGUUUGGCGUCUUCCUGGGCGCCAUGGCGUCUCCCCCGACCCCGGCGCAGGCGGCGAUUCUUUCUAAAUGGGACCUGCUCGUCGUAGAUCCGCACCAGUGGGGAGUGCUGGAUGCCAUUGCGGACUCGCCCUCGUCUGGCUAUGUCAUCGGCCGCCUGGACAUCCACCAACUGGCUAGCUUGGGAACCGAAACUGUCAGCAUCUUGGAGAAACUUACCGCCCGUCUGCUUUCCUGGAAACGCCCCCAAAAUGGCCAAUUCCCCUUGAACGGUGUUCUCCUGGCCUACUGGGAACCCCAUCUGCCGCCCGUCGUGUUGAACAUCCUCGUCGCCGCCAUCCGCCAGCGCGGGCUCGCCGUCUGGCUCGAGCUCGCCCCGCCAGACUACCCUCUCUCCACCCAGAUCGAUCUCGCCAACGUCCGCGGCCUCAUCUAUCGGAAUGGAACCCUCUGGCCGCACGGGGAGCGCCGUGACUUCUUCCAGAUGGAGGGUAUGCGCACCGCCAUGCGCGUCGCCGCCAAACGCAACUCCAAGGGGUCCCCCCUGACCAGCGCCGUCUGGGAGACCGUCGACGAUUCAGUGCCUCUCGGUCAUCAUGUCGCCCAGCGCUCAUUCAAGUGGUGCAGCUAUAACAGUCUGCUGUGCUGGUUCGGCCGUGAGAGCGGCCUCAACGACGCCGAUCUCGCCCUCGCCUCCACCAUCCAGACCGAACCGCUGACUGCCAUGAUGUUUCUCAAGGACGAAAAGGUCAUGUCGUCGCACACCAUUUGGAGGGAAAAUGAGUUCCUGAUCGCCCCCUCGGAACACAUGGAUCCCAUCUACGAAUCUCUCGCUUUGCCGGCCCUCAACAGCCUAGUCUUGCACCCGCCCACCACGCAAGACACCUCAGACGAUAUCCCUGUUGAUAGUCUCGACACCGAUGUGUUUAUAAAGUCCUACGACUCGUCCAUCCCGGCCUGCCCCCACCUGGGUCUCGACUGUACGGCUGGCGAGAUCCACGACCUCCAGCAAGCCCAGAGCACCAUUGAGGACCUCAAGCUCUCCGACCGCAUGUCUGUAGAGGAUAUCGCCCAAGUUGCCGAGGCACUGCGCCCAUUGGGUGCCUAUGAUUCCCAUGUCCAAAAGCUUAUCAACAUGCUCCUCGCCGGUGAUAUCACCGUUCUGGUCGGCCUCGCGUCGGGUCUCCGUACCCGCCGCAACGCCCCGGUUUGGGGAAUGUUUCAGACCACCAGCGAUGGCAUGACCAUGUACGUUUCAGCCAAGGCCGUCGACAAACCAGCGACCAUCUUACACACCUUCCUUGCGAGCCGUGGUUACAACCAGCUGGACUGUCUGCGGGCCGAGAUCGCCCUCGCCGACGCGACCAACUCGCUGAACCCGGCCUGGGGGCUGACUACCCGUAUGGUCGCCGACUUGGCGCAGCUCACGCCCACCGAGGCUUUGCUGUGGUUAAAGGCUCACCGCCGCAGCGACGACGAGAUCAUGAAACGGAUCGAGGCCCGCUGCGAGCACCAGCUGCUGGUAGUCCCAUCAGUGACACAGCGGCGCGUGAUGUGCUCGACGGAAUACCUCAGCGGUGAGGUCUCGCCGGCGGAGCUCAUCGCCGACCGACUCGCCUGGUAUCGCGAACUAGGGUUGCCCUGCCCGGACUAUGAUGCUGCCCUUGACCUAUUCAACGAAGUCAGCCGUCUAUAUCCCAUGUUGCUGCUCUGGGCCGACAGCAAGAGGUUGGAUCAAUUUGCUGCCGUUCUGCACACCGUCAUCCAGCCUGGUAAAAUCGACGUCUACGCCGACCUGUUGGCUCUCUCGGUCUUCUGUAUCUGUCGCGUCUGCGCCCUCGAUGAGAUCGAACUCGAGGUGCUGGAUCGUAACCCUCGCCCGAACGGUCAUUCCGUGCAAGCCGCUUGCUUUGCUGAGGCCUAUGCGCUCGGGGCCGGCUGUGACACCUUCUUCGAUACAAGCCCCAAGGCCCUGGGCACGGUGCUCCGCCAGAAGUAUCUGCGCUGGUAUGAGGCAAAUCCCGUUCCCCGCCGUGACAACGGCUUCACGGAGCUGCCGACCACCUACGCCUCGAUGGAGGUCGAUCUGGACGACGGAUACGCCCUCCGGCAAGCAUGGUACUACCGCGUCACGUUUCUCGGCAUCUUCGCCGUGCCGGCCCUCAUCGAUAUCUCCAUGCUCACCAUGGUCGGCCGUGGCCUGUACCUGACCACCUUCAUGGCCGAUGAACACAAGACCCUUGCCACCACCGCCCUUAUGCUCGCCCUCCUCGUGUGCGGCGGGUUUGGCUCCUGGAUCAGCUCCGGCGGUAGUUACUACCUCUACGCCAUGGCCUUUCCGACAAUGAGCAUGUUUGUGCUGACGCGAUUCGCCGCCGGGCUCGCUGUCGUAUCGGUGGGCGCUGUCGUGUCACUGGUAAGCAUCGCCAUCACCAAGGGAAUCGUCAACGGACUCGUCUUCUCCUUAUAUUUCACCAUGCUCGCCACCUACCUCAUGGCCCUGUCCACGAUGGCCGUCUACCAGAUGCCCGGCUUCUCCUUCCAAUCCGGUCGCAGCGUGAUCAUGACGUGCAUCCCGAUUUUGUUCGCCUCGCCCGUUAUAACCCUGUGGGUGACCGACCACGACCUGGUCGUGUAUCUGUGCAUUCUAUACUUCUUUCUCUUCAAUCUGCUGCUUGGAGCCAGGCGCGUAAUGGCCAAAUGGAAUAACUGGUACCUGGACAUCCCCACCAUCACCGACAAAGAGGUCGCCGAGUGGUACAAGUCGACCGACCAGAACAGCGGAUUGACCCCUCGAGAAGCCCUCCUGGCCCGCGUCACUGAUCCAAGAACCCUCAAAAAAGAGAAGGGCAAGGAUGCUCUGGUCGACCGUCUGGCUGCUGGCUAUCCCUCCACCGUCUUCCUCCUGACCUGGUACUGCAACUACUCCCGCACGCAAAUGCCCCUGGCGUACAGUCCGACCUGGAACCUGCAGCUCCGCGCCGCCAUCGAUACCCUCGGCGACAUGCAGAAGGGUCUCAAGUUGCACUCGGGUUUCCUGCACUGGCGCCACACCGGUACCGACGUCGCCUGCGGCAUCCUCUACUUCGUUCUGGCCUUGUUGGAUAAAUGGACGGCCCUCAUCACCGGGCAGGGAGACCUGGUUGGCCUCUCCGCCGGCGCGAGCACCACCUACCGGCUCUCCGUCGGCUUCGGUCUGGCAUACUACCUCCUUGGCGCCGUGAUUCUCGACGCCGUCUCCCAGCCGCUGUGGACGGCCGUCUCGCAGAACCACAGCCGCACGGUGAUCAACUCGUUCGAAUCCCUGCGGGAGGCCACGGGCCAGCACACCCUCCAACGCCGCUCUCUGUACAUCCACAACGUGGUGAAAUAUUUCUUCUUCCAUCUCUGGGCCAUCGCCAUCACCUCCGCCAUGAUUUGGUCCUUCGAGGGCCACCGAGACGCUGUUAUCCUGUACCUGACCUAUGUCGGUUCCUACACGGGCCUGCUUUUUUAUCAGUUCAACCGCAUCUUCGCGGGCCCGGAAAAGUCAGCGCGGGCCCUGAUUGGCGGUGCUCUUUUGGGCCUGGUUGCCGGUCUGGCUCUACGACUCUCGAUGCCUCUUUUUGCCUAUUCGGGAGUCAUCGGCCUCGCGUCAGGAACAUGGACAAGCGCGAUCCUGUCUUUUGCCAUGUCGGGUAUCUGGAAAACCAAGAGCAAGGAUACAAAGGAUCAGACCGAAACCCUGCCAGUGAUCCAUCCUCAUGGAUAUAGCUGUCUGGAGCCCGAUCUCGAGCUGUCGCAGACCACCCUCUCGCACACGGUGGACAUCAUCCGCGCCGUGCCGGAGGGAUUGCGCCAUCACGUCCGCCCGUCGCACGAAGUUCUCCAUCUGCUGCAACCGAAAAAGUCAACCACAGCCACCGUUGCCGACGUCCUCACUCAUACUCUGGAGCGCUGGCAGGCAGGGACCACCGUCAUCGAGCUCGUCCCCACUCGCCAUAUCCAGACUGAGCUACGCACCGUCAGCCGUCUGGACGAAGAGACUCUCUACAUUUACGUCCUAGCGGAUACAAAGGCCACAGGCGAAGAUAUUCAUCGCAACAACCAGAUGAUCGCCGAGGCUCUGGUCCAGGCAACUUGCCAGAUGGUCCUGGGCUGGUCGUAUCAUCAAUCCCUCCUGGCCGAGUCCUUUGUGGUCCCGAGCGAGAACGAGAUCCCCGAAGGCGUGAAACGGCAGCUGGAGCGCAACGAAGAACAGUGUGCUCGUCUUCUGGGUUCCCGCUCCACCCUCCUUCUCCGCCACGCUCUGUUGGGCUUCGAGGCUGAUGACGACUGGGACAAGCUGCCCCUAAAUGUCAGGACGUUCCUCUUGCGCCGGUGGUACGGUGAAUCAAGUUCUCUCUCUCUCGACGCAGCAGAGUGGCUCGUCAUGCGAUUGGCAGGGAAGUGGCAGUUUGAAGAAAGACAAGACGAUAUUCACUCGCUUCUCACCCGUUGCAGUCAUUCCCUCCGUGUUGCCUCGCGCACCGUCGCCCAUGCCUCCAUCCUGUCAGACGAGCACCCGUUCCUCCCUCACGCCAUCGACCCUCUCGCCAAAAAGUCAAUCCCACGCCGGCUUAUCGACCGUAUCACCAGUUUCAGACAAAAGCUCCGGAUCGCCAUCAAGUUCACGGUCCUCUCUCUCAUCGCGGACCCGGAGUACCAGCGCGAACUUGUCUAUACGCUGCGUAACACGCCGGCGAUCGUUGCCUGGCCGAUUAUGGUUUUCUUGAAUACCCUUUGGUUGUAUACCAAGGCGUUUCAGGAGGCUAUUUUCCCCCUUGUUUUGCUCCAUGGCCGUGAACAGGUCUCGUCGCUCUACCACAAAAUGCAAAAUUGGUCGAUCACGGUGGAGCGCCAUCGAAUUGUCCUCGACUACCUGGACGGCCCCAUGACUGCUUUUCUGCAUCCGACCGAGAAUGGCUCCCUGUUAUACUGUUACGAAGGGCGUCAUGACUCCCAGCCGACGGAUACGAAGCAGCUAAAGGCUAUCAACACGUACUCGACCAAGCUGGUUCUGGAGCACAGAGAAGAAUUCACCAAGUCCGGAAACCUAGAGUUCGUCUACGAAUACGACAAUAAGAAGAUCUACCCGCUGCAACGCCGUUGUGUGCGUGGUGAUCGUUCCGGUGAGCUCGUUGAGUACAACUCGGAGGGCUACAUCACUUCCGGCUCGGCCCUGCGCGAUAUCAAUCGUGUGGCUUUCCGUUACCGUUACCGCGAGCACCCUGGCGGGGGGCUGGAUGAGGGCGAUGAACUACUGCACGCUGAGUUCGUCUUGCCACACAUCACCAUUCGUGUCGCAUGGAGCAUGCCGCCGCCCACCCGGCCGCAACGGUGGGAACACUGGGUCCCGUAUCCGCGUGUCACCGAGGCCACUUUCGUCAAAACCGAUCGGGAGGAGGGCCAGGAAGAGGAAGUCUACCGAGCUUAUUGGACGUACGAUCACAAGUACCAUCCGCACAUCACCACGACGCUCAACGGCCGCCCCGUCAAGACCCCGGAGAUGAUCGAGGAGGACUGGUUCCAUGUCCUGGACAAGCCGCAGCGAUGCAGCUUCGCUGAUGACCACCCGUUGUUGCCCUUUGCUCGCCGCCGCAACCCAGGCAAGCUGCCGACCAGCUGGCUGGCCAGGGCCUUCCGUCGCCACAUCUACGUGCGCCGCAUCGCCACCGCAAAGGCCCGCACGGUGCUCUGGCGCGCUUGGAAGAGUAGCAAGAUGUUCGAUGCGGUCACAGCACGCUGGCUGGACGAGCGCAUCCUUCGCAAAGAACCGGCCCUGCGCCCUUACUGGCGCCGGCGCGAUUGGGGUUGGCUGGACGGUGCCAGCAAGUACCUCGACGCACAGGUCGACACGGUGAUGGCGCGGAUCGACAUCGACCCGGCCGUCAGCUCGUGGACGCCCCUGGCCUUUGAGAUCAGCGAUCUGUACAGCUUCGGCCAGGGCGGUGACGCCUGCAUCAACACCCGCACGCUCUCCACCCAGAUCCAGGACACAGACAAGCAGCUGCACGUUCUAGCCAUGGACACGGGCACCUGGCCCAACGAACCGGGUGGUGUCUCUGCGUGUCGGCGCGAUCUCGUCAACGAGCUGCAGGGCAUCCGGUGGCACAUCAUGGCCGAGGCAGCCAACGACUACGGCGUGCCGCGCUUCCAGAUCGAGCGCAAUGUGCAGUCUCUCAGUGUGUUACCGCAGUGGGGGCUGGACUUCCUCAACCCGACGCACGGCGUGUUCCAGAACUAUCUCGAUGCCGAAGUUGUCGAGCGCUCACACGCCACUAAUGCAGAUGAUAUCCGCCGCUGCUUCGUGCCCAUCCUGGCAAGUCUGGUGCGCUGUGUCCGCACCAUCAAAUGGACGCGACAGACCAUCGAGCAGGCCACCACCGCUCUUGUCGACCUCAACGCCUACUUCGAGGCCGGCCGCAGCUGGAACGACGUCUGGAUGAGCGACGUCGUCCGCCAGGCCUGGAGGGCUCUCUGGUUGGAGUAUAUCCCCGGCGGCCUCAAUGUCGAGCAGAUGGGCGAGACCCCUAUCUUGGGUCAGAUGGACUCUGCCUUGGAUAUGUGGCAUCGAUACCUCUUCAUCUUCUCUAUCCCCAUCCCCGAACGCAUCCCCGAUGUGUUCCAGGCCUCGCACCACUUCACGGGUGCUACGUACGGCGUCAUCUGUAAGGUCAAGCGGGGUUGCGCCCUGCACGUGUGGGAUCACUGCAUCAGUUUCCGCGAGAUGACGACCUUUCUGUCCUCGGCUGUGUCGUUUGACUCGGUGUUUGUCAACUCGACCCUGAUUCCGCUGGGCCACUUGGCGUGCGUGCUGCUGGAGCACCACGCGGACGUGGUCCUGCCCUGCGCAGAAUACUUCAAUCCGGGUUGGGAGGUCGAGCUGGGCACGGCCGAGGGUGCGUUGCAGCACCGCCGGGCGUUUGCGCGCAAGAUCGACCCGGUCGUCAACGGCAUCACAAACAUGGAACGCUACACACCCAUCGAGGAGAUCAAGACCGCAACCCCGACCGUUGUCAUGCUGUCGCAUAUCCGUUACGUCAAAGAUAUUAAGACGGCCAUCAUGGCGACCGACCUGAUUGUCAACCGGUGGGGCUUCAAGGACUACCGGCUGCACAUCUACGGCGACAUGGAGCGCGCCCCGGCGUACGCGUCCGAGUGCCAGGAGAUCAUCGCCUCCAAGGGCCUGCGCGAGCACGUCGUGCUCAAGGGGCUGGGUAACCCGACGGUCGUGCUGCAGGAUGCCUGGCUGUUCAUGAACUCGAGUAUCUCCGAGGGCCUGCCCCUAGCCAUGGGCGAGGCCGCGUUGACGGGUGUGCCGGUGGUGUGCACGGACGUCGGGGCCUCCUUCUGUGUGGUGACGGACCGAACGACAGGCAAGCGGUUCAGCGAGGUCGUUGCCCCGAACGACGGGGACUCGCUGGCGCGGGCGCAGAUCCGUAUCCUCGCCCUGCUGGGCGAGUGGGCGGCCUUCUCCAAGGAUCCCGCGGCGCCCGUCCCCAGCUUCAGCCUGUACCCGACCGAGGAGGAAGUGCAAGCCAUCUCGGAACGGAUGUACGAGCAGGUCGAACAGCGACGUCAGUUGGGCAUGCGCGGGCGGGCCAACGUGCUGCGUAACUUCUCGAGCCACCGGUACCUGCGCGAGCACGAGCAGAUGCUCUGGCUCGGCAAGUUCCAGAGCAAGAGCUUCGUCGCACGCGGCCCGGCCUCGUCCAACGUGUCGAGCAUCACGCUCAAUGAAAAGGAACGGCUCUCGAUCCUGGUCCAGCCGGUCGAUGACGCGGAUGAUGAACGUAAAUGGCGCAAGUGGUACACUCGCAGCAGUCGGAUGACCGCCGUCGAUGGCAGCCGGCUCACGGUUGACUAUACUCGCAACAGUCGGUUGACUGUCGAUGCCGGCAGUGCUCGGAACAGCCAGAUGAGUGAUUGAUAUGAAUCUUUUUGGCAUAUACUACAUUUUUAUAUACAUUUGCAUGUUUUUCUUUAUAUUUAUACUUGAUAGAAUAUCACUAAUGGC